UUUUUCUGAAAAUAUUGCAGUUAAAUAAUACUUUGCCAGAGCAUUGCACAACCGUUGUCUAUGGCGCUUGUCGGCACAGCAUUCCAGGAGAUGCUUUGGUAAACACAAGCCUUACAUGUCCGUGCAUACAAAUGUUCUUGAAUUUUGUUGUGAAAACGGAUUCAGAUUUACAAGUCUUUAAAAUCGCAUCUAUAUUUAAGUAAAACCUGUUGACACUGCCGGUUGCCAACUGACCAGCAUGGAGAGAGAGGAAUCGUUCAAUUUGAGGAGUACACCUAAAACAGUAAUAUAUGCACUGAUUUUGCUGUGUUUCUCACUGUACGCCAUCUUCCACCUCGGGGAAUGGAACCACAGCACGUCUUAUCCCUCAUUCUUGCACCGCUCCGAAGAAAUGGCGCGCAUAAUAACCAGCAAAUUAAGCCAGACAAGCAUGCAGCAUCAGCAAGACAAACAGCACCAGGAUCAACUGCAAAAUCUAUUGGAGCAACACCGUUUGAAGUUGUCAGGCGUGAAGCAAGAACUGCCUAAAGAAACUGGAGAAAAACCGGUCGACCAAAUCUCCAAAAUUAAUGGACCGCUGGAAAAAGGCGAUUUUCUUGGUCCCAAAUUCAAGAAUUUCAAGAAAAUUCUCUACUGGAAUGAAGUGUUCGGCGCCAAAGAUUUUUGGCUCGGCCUCGGCCAGGAGCCGUUCAUUGAAGCGGGCUGCCGCGUCACAGAGUGUUACGCUACCCACGACCGGCGGCUGCUGCCAGCUGAGCGAGCCGACGCCAUCAUGUGGCAUUUGAGGUCUAACGACAAGUCCCUUCCCGAAGUUAGGUCUCCUCAUACCUUCUACAUCUUCUGGAUGCUCGAGAGCGCCCAGUACACUUACGCGGACCUCAACACCUACAACGGCGUCUUCAACUGGACCAUGACUUAUCGUCUCGACUCUGACUUCCCUCGACCGUACGGGAGUAUUGUGUUCUCACCCAACGUCUCAGCCAAGACUACCGCACCCAAAAAUUACGCUCAUGGAAAAACUAAACUGGCCGCUUGGUUUGUCAGUAACUGCCACACCGUCAGCGGCAGAGAGCAUCUGGUGCAGGCUCUACAGACACACAUGGAAGUGGACAUCUAUGGCACCUGCGGAACGUUAAUUUGUGAGAGGAAAGACGAAAAAAGUUGCCGGGAGAUGCUGGAGAAAGACUACAAAUUCUACUUGGCCUUUGAGAACAGCCUUUGUGUUGACUACAUCACCGAGAAAUUUUUCGAGGCUAUCAAGUACAACGUGGUGCCUGUCGUCUAUGGCCUCGGCUACGAAAGAACUCAAAUUCCCAAGGGCGCCUACAUCGACGUCAUGGACUUUGCCUCCGUACAAGACCUGGCGAGCUAUUUACUCUACCUGGACUCUAACGACACGGCUUACAAUGAGUACUUCAGGUGGAAAGAAGAAGGCUACAAAGUAUUCGAAGAUCAAAAUGAAGUGUACAAAAAAACUUUCUGCGACGUGUGUGAAAGGCUUCACGAAGCUGAAGGAGGGACUGUGGUUGACGUUAAUUCAAACGAAGGUGUGCACCUAAACAAAAGUAGGCUACAGAUUCAACGUCCAGAAAUCAAAGAAAAGUAUCGAAAGGUUUACAAUAUCAACGAAUGGUUUGUUACUGGACAGUGCAUUUCCCCCAACAACAAUGAAAGACUCACAAGUUUUGUUCACGGGAUGUGUAUUGCAGCUACGCGCUGGAAUAGCUCGCGUAUAUUGUAAAUAUCUACAGCGGCUGGCGAAAUCAAUCAACAAACGAAGGAACUUUCACAAUAUUUCACUGCAGAGCUGGG